AAGAAUCGAAAAGAAGUAUUCGUCACCGUUCGGUACAAGAAUACAUGCAUACAAAAGCCUUAGAAGAGUUUUCUUACAUUUUUCGUUGACGAAAGUGUCAUCUAAAGAAAGAUGACAGGUUUUACAGAAAGUGCUCUUGUCAAGAGACUAAUGGAUUUAAAUCCUUCACAACAAAGCAUCCAAACACUUUCACUUUGGUUAAUACAUCACAGAAAACAUCACCCGACCAUCGUAAAAGUCUGGUUCAGGGAGAUGUGCAAAGUGAAGGACAAUCGUAAGUUAAUGUUUAUGUAUUUGGCAAAUGAUGUUAUCCAGAAUAGUAAAAAGAAAGGUCCAGAAUUUGGCAAAGAAUUUGAAACAGUAUUACCAAAAGCGUUUGAACAUAUGAAAGGAUUUGAUGAGAAAACAAGGGAAAGAUUAAAUAGGCUAUUACAAAUUUGGGAAGAGAGAGGUGUUUAUGAUAAAACUCAAAUAGCGGAAUUCAAAGCAGCUUUCUUGGACACUAUUAAAGACCCGGGUACUCCACCGCCGAAAAAGAAACCAAAAAUUGAUCUAGAAAAGAAGGAAAGAAAGGAGAGGAAGAAAUCAGAGACUGAAGUUGAAGUAGAUGGUACCAAAGAACUUCACGUGACGUUAAGUCCGCGUACUCCAGCUGGUGAUCCACCAGAAACAGAGGAACUAAUCAAAGCUUUAAUGGAUUUAGAAAAUACAGCAUCGUCGGAUGCUGGUGUUAGAGAACGUAUCGCAUCCUUACCACCAGAAGUUUCAGAAGUAUCGCUUUUGGCAAAUCUUGCAGACAGAUCUGCAGCUGAUCAAUUGAGCAUAGCUGUUAAUGAAGCUGCGGCUUUGUUAGCUGAUUAUAACGGAAGAUUGCAGGCAGAAAUGGAAGAUAGAAGAAGAUUAUUAACUAUGCUUAGAGAUUACACAUUAGCACAAAGACAAUUACUUCAACAGGCACAAUCAACACUGGAGGAUUACAAAGAAAAAUUAAAGAAAGUCUGUGCAGUUAGAUCAGAAGUGAAAUCGCAUAUUUCUAAUUUACCAGAUUUGACACAAUUACCAGAUGUAACAGGAGGCCUUGCUCCACUUCCUUCAGCUGGUGACUUAUUUUCUAUGCAUUAGUCUAAUACUUGAUGAUGAAGCAUGACCAUUGCAAGAAUUUUCGAUUCUCAUUUAAAUUUUAUGCAGUACAAAUGUAUAAUCAUUUUAAGCUGGCUUCAUCAAUUGUGAUAGAAAGGAAUCGCAUAUGACAUUUUAUUUUCAAAAAAUAUAACACACAAUAAAAGCUAUUAAUAACUCAUCGAUUUAAAAAAAAAAAAAAAAGGAAAAAAAAAGAGAAAAAAAAUAAGAAAGAAAGAAAUAAGAAGGAGAAGAAAGAAAGAAGAUUUAUAAAUUAGAUACUUUACAGAUAUAAAUCUCCGAUAAACUGUUAUUAUCAAAUAAUGCACGACAAAAAAAAAUACAAUGAAACUUGAAAUGAAAAAUUUAUUGCUACGUUAAAAAAGUAUUAGUUGUUAAACUGUUGCGCUGUAGUUUUCUCAAUUGUUUUCUUUACGGUAAUGGAUUAAUGUCUUCUCUCAUUAAAUUUUAUUUACGGUAAGAUAAUUUUUAGUGAUCUGGCAAAUUUUCUAGAUUAAUUUAUUGUGAAAUAUAACCAUAUUGUACCAUUAAUUUUAAAUUUUAGAUUAUAUAUGUACAAAAUAAUAGUGGUGUUUAUUUUUCUUCUUUUUUUUUCCUUUCCUUUUUUUUUUUAAGGAAAAUAAAACUUUUCAUUGAAACAGUUCUUCCAACGUAUUCACUUUGUAUUAAUCCACUCAUAUGUACAAAAUAUUUUUUGACUUCUCAAAGACGUGCCAGAUUACUAUAAAUUUUCUUGAUACCUAUGAAAAAUUAACAAAAAACUUUUAUUUAUUACAAAUAAGCACUUGUAGAUACAUAUAUUACGUCUUAAAAAUAAAUUGUUCCUCCAUCAUGAUAUAUUUGAAGCAUAUACUUUUAUUUUAUAUUGUAAAACGAUUCCAUUCUCUCUCUCUCUCUCUCUCUCGUAAUAAAAUACGAAUUCAUUUCAUUAAGAUCAAAAUUGUAGAAUCAAUGCAGAUUUAUAUAUAUGAUUAUACAUCAUAUGUCAAAUUAUACUUUACUAUGAUUACAUCAAAUGGAUCUAAAGUGACACAAAAUUUUCAAUGAUUGACACACCUUUACGCUUGUGCAUACGUUCUAAUUUAUGUUAUCGAUUGAAUUUUUUUCAGUUAUAUUCAUUUCACGUUUAGUUGAAACUCAAUGAUUCAAUACUGUUUAAUGUAAUAGUAUUGUAUCAUUUGUCAUGUUACAAUGUAACAUGUAAUAUUUUAAGAGGCAAAAUGCAUGAUUGUGUAACGCGAAGACUGUAAUAAUUAUCAAGAAAAUUAAUAUGAAUAAAUGUUUUGAACGUUACCGCGCGUGUUGAGUUGAUUAAUAAUUAAAUUAAAAAAAGUUUGUACCAUUGUACUGUGAAAAAUUAAGGAACAAGAGAUAUAUUCAAUAAAAAAAUAUUUGUUGAUAAGUUUUAUUUUAUCAAAUUUGUAAAGUUAGCUUUUUAUACAAACUAUAGGAAUAUACGAAACAAAGGUUCUUCGGAUUAAAUGUUUCAAUAACACUUACGAUUUUGAUAUUGUAAAGAAGUAUUAUAUAUUUCUAUUAUCAAUUAUAGCGAUGAAUUCUUUCUGCAUUUUUCUAAAUCAUUUGACAAUAUACUUUUAUUUAUAGUUAAUGAAGAUAAUUAUCUCACAAUAAACAGACUCAUUUAUUCUUACCUAAAAUAUGGAAGAACAUAAAGACUAUUACACACGUUUAGAACAUUAAGGAAAAAUGUCUUUAUAUUAAAGUUAUAUAAGGAAAUAUAGUACGUUGAUGUAAGUGAUAAUUGUUAGAUAUUUUUUAUAGAUUAUUUGCAGUAGAAAUUAAACACUUAAUUGUCUAAUGCUACGAUUUUAAAUUUUAUAUACAAUAUGUACAUAAAAAAGAAAUAACUACAGUCAAUCAUGUUCUCAGUUACAAUCUCACAAAGAUACUUUUUAAAUAUUUAUAUCGAAUCAAACAAUCAUAUGAUAAGUAAUAUCAACCAAACAUAAUUUUUCUUAAAAAUUAAUAAAUACAACAAACGUCGUCAUAUGUACAUAAAUUUUUUAGGUCACAAAAUCAACAACAACAACAAAAAAAUAAUAAUAAUAAUGUAAUUUCAAAUAUUUUUGACAGUUAAUGAAGUCUGUGAUAUUCUGUAAUAAUACAGAAUUUAUUAAAUGGUCAAUUUUUUUAGAGUGUUCAGAAUGAAUGUAUGACUUAGACAAUACUUCUUUUUUUUUUCUCCAAUCAUGGUAGCAAAAAUAUACGUUUGUCUGCUUCUUAGAUAAUUUCGCAAAAAACCUAUUAUCUUAUACAUAUUAUGUAAUGACAAAGUAUUUCGACAUAAAAAAGUAUCAAAUCUAACAUUUGAUCAUACGCAAUCUAAUAUACCAAUCCUAAAGAGCUUAAUUUGGUACUAUCUGUUUUAUAUUACGAAAAAAAAUAAAAAUAAAAAAAAAAAAAUUAAAAAAUGAACGAAUUAUAAAUAAUAUAUUCAUUCUUAUAUAAAAAUAUGUUUGACAUAUACAUUCCUUUUGGACACCCUAUUUAGCAAUCCAGGCAUUUGCAAAGAUCGUACGACUUAAUAUAUACACUGUACAUAUCGCCUUUUCAUGUCUCAUGAGGAUGCGUAGGUCUUUUAGGCUUAAGAAUAAGCUUUCCUGUAUCAUCGCAACUCAUGUUAAAAUCUCCUAAUACGCUUCUUGCUCUUUGGGUUAUGAUACUAGGUGCUAUAACACGCCUAUGUACUCCCAUCAUGAAUAAUAUUACUAAAAAUUUGAAACAAAACAUUAGCAAAGUUGUCUUUCGUGUUAUUGAACUUUUUUACCUACCUAAUAUGAUACUAGCAGUCGUAAAGAAUGGAUGAUUGCACAAACUUUGAGUAAAAGAAACUGCCGAUGUAUUUGGAUCUGUUAACCAAUGCCAAGCACCAACUGCGGUGCAAACUGAGAUAAAACCUAACAACACUGUAAUCACAUAAGUGUCGUUUAACGUCGAUUAAUCAACUUGUCGUAUAAAUCCUUUUCCAAUAUUCUUAAUACAAAAA